AGAUAAGAGAGUUGUAAUAAAAAAAAGUUAAGAUUUCAAAAUAUAAAACUCAAUGAUCCAAAUUAAAGUUUAUAGACAUUUUGAAGGUAUAAUAAAGUUUUAUUGUUUAAUUAGUCGACUUUCUUUUCAACCAAACAACUAACAACGAUCAACCAGCUAUCCACAAUGGACAUUACGAUGGUUGACUGCUUGAAUAGUAACAUGGUUAGACAAUUUAUGUGUGCAACUCAACUUGCAGCAAUCAACUUCAAAGUAAAAAAUAUUUUAAAAGAAGUUAAUUUUAUAUUAAUGAUCCUGUCACAUCCAAUGUUGCAGAAAUACCCACUGAAAACUCUGUAUAUCAGUAGAUUUUUGAAAGCAAUUAUAAGUCAAAUGGAAAAUAGUGGAGAUGAAUUGUGUGAUGAAUUAUAUUUAAAAUAUGUUCAGCUUAUUCAAAAUGAAUCUAAUGAAGGACCUUUUUAUAAACACUAUAUACUUGAUAAUAAUAUUAGUAACAAGUUAACCGAGUCUGUCAUAACCAUCCAAGAAAGUACCAGUAUUGUUUCGCAAGGAACUACAGGACUCUGCACUUGGCAGGCAGGUAUAGCACUAAGCUGUUGGUGUUUGAAAAAUCAGGAUAUACUCAAAGGCAAAUUCAUCCUCGAGUUGGGUUGUGGAACAGGGUUGAGUGGAAUAAGUGCAUGUAUAAAUUGUAGUCCAAGCGAAUAUUGGUUUACAGACUGUCACUCAGCCGUUUUAAACACCUUACAACAUAAUAUACAAAUUAAUGCAACUCAUCACAAAUUCAAUUGUAAAUUUGAUGUUGUUAAAUUAUCCUGGAACGAUAUAGAAGAUUUGAAAAUGUUUGAAGAGAAAAAACCAGAUUUGGUUCUAGCAGCUGAUGUGAUAUUUGAUGAUACUAUGUUUGAACCAUUAUGUAGUUCGUUGAGAUAUUUUACAACCAAUAAUACAACUGAAAUUAUACUGUUUUGUACAUUGAGAAAUUCUGAGACUUAUAUAAAAUUCCUAGCAACCCUAAAAAAGUACGACCUACAGUUUACACAAAGCGUUUUACCAGAAAAUUACUCAAUAGUGUUACAACAAGAUUGUCCAAUAUAUAUAAUAAAUGUAAAACAAAAUGCGGUCAUGUCUAAAUAAGAUAUAUUAUAGUUAAUUAUAAAUCAUUGAUACAAUGGUUAUAUUAAAAAUAAAUAUUUCUUUGAACUCUUCCUCACCACACAUACUGAACUUAGAUCAGCAUUUUAUUUAUUUUUAAAUGGUUCAUUAUCAGAACUAAUUUUUGGAUGAUAUCGUCUGAAUUCUCCAAUAUCAAUGUCUUUUUCUUUCAUCGCUUU